AUGUCGCUUCCAUGGAAGAUCAAGCUUAUGAUCUCAGCCUACUCGCGCAUCCGCAAAGCCUGCUUCCGCCCUAACUUCACCAUCAACCGCCGCCUCCUCCGCCUCUUCGACCCCAAAACACCGCCCACCCCACCCUCCUCNCUCUAUCGCCGCCGCCACUGCCACUGGCGCGUGUCCAAUCACAUCCGCUCCAUUGUGAUCUCAGUUAAUUACCGUCUUGCCCCUGAGCACCGCUGCCCCGCCCAAUACGACGACGGGUUUGACGUCGUCAAGUUUCUUGACUCCGUGGACCCCACGCGCCUCCCUCCUGGCGCAGAUCUUGGCCGGUGUUUUAUCAUGGGCGAUAGCGCUGGUGGGAAUUUGGGACACCACGUAGUGGCACGUGCUGGCGCGUGUAAAUUUGAGCGCGUGAGAUUGCGUGGGCUGAUUGCAGUUCAGCCGUUUUUUGGCGGGGAGGAAAGGACUGAGUCAGAGAUCCGAAUUGGAAACGGGGCUCCGGGUUUGUCGGUGGACCGGGCUGAUUGGUUCUGGAAAGCAUUCUUGCCGAAAGGGUCGAACCGGAACCAUCCUGCCGCGAACGUGUUCGGACCAAAUUCGGCAAGAUUUUCGGGCUCGAAAUUCCCGAACACGCUCGUGGUGAUUGGUGGAUCCGACCCGUUGCAAGAUUGGCAAAGAAAAUAUUGCAAGGGUUUAGAGAGUGCAGGAGUAGGAGUGAGGUUGGUGGAGUAUCCAAAUGCAUUUCAUGGGUCUUAUGUGUUUGAGGAUUUGCCUGAAUCAUCUUUGAUGUUAGAUGAAAUUAGGGACUUCAUGUCACAACAAUUGAAGGUGACAUGA